AUGCUGAGGGUUGCGCUUGCGCAAUCAAACUCUUGGUGGACACUCUUAGCACCGUUUCCAACUCACCGACUGCGAGCCGUCGCGCAUUUCUUUGACCCAUAAAAUAAAACCCACAAAGCCACAGCAACAGCCUCCUUCAUACCCAAACCUAAACAUUUCUUUGGCUCUGCGAAAAAUCGCAUCGACUCUUCAGCGCGAAGCUCCAUAGCCAGACAGAGAGAGAAUGCCAGGCCUAACAUGCAACGCCUGCAACAAAGAGUUGGUGGACGACGCGGAGCAAAAGCUCCAUUACAAGUCUGAAUGGCACCGCUACAAUCUCAAGCGCAAGGUAGCCGGUGUUCCCGGGGUGACAGAAACAUUAUUUAUAGCAAGACAAGAUGCCCUCGCCCAGGAGAAAAAUGGUUUAAGUGAAACCCCGAUGCUCUACAGUUGUGGUCUUUGUGGCAAAGGGUAUAGAAGUUCUAAGGCUCAUGCUGAGCAUCUCAAAUCACGAAGUCACAUUCUGAGGGCCUCUCAAGGGACCAGUGAUCAAGAAGAGAAGGCAAUAAUUAGGCCACUUCCCAGUCGUGUUGUGAAUAAAGCUCCCCCCAAAAGACAGGAAAGUGAUGAGGAAACUGAAGAAAGUGAAGAUGAGUGGGAGGAGGUUGAUUCUGACGAAGACUUGGUUGGUGAGACUGCAAAAUCUUUGACUGAAAUGAACGUAGAUGAGCAUGCCUCCAAUGAGGAUAUGGAUGAAGAUGACUUUGAGGAGUUGGAUCCAUCCUGUUGCUUUAUGUGCGAUCUAGAGCAUGAUACCAUUGAAAGCUGCAUGGUUCACAUGCACAAACAACAUGGAUUCUUCAUUCCUGAUAUUGAGUAUUUAAAGGAUCCAAAAGGCCUCCUUACUUAUCUUGGUCUUAAGGUUAAAAGGGAUCUUUUGUGUCUGUACUGCAAUGAUAGGCGCCAUCCUUUUAACAGUUUGGAAGCAGUUAGGAAGCAUAUGUCGGCAAAAAGCCAUUGCAAGGUACAUUAUGGCGAUGGUGACGAUGAAGAAGAAGCCGAGUUGGAAGAGUUCUAUGAUUACAGCAGCAGUUAUGUGGAUGAGGCUGGCAAGCAAUUGGUUGUAUCAGGUGAUAUGGCAAACAGCGUAGAACUUGGGAGUGGUGGCUCUGAGCUCAUCAUUACUAGAAGAUCUGAUGAUGGCACAUCAACCAAAACACUUGGUUCCCGGGAAUAUUUGCGCUAUUAUCGCCAGAAGCUGCGUCCAUCACCUACAAAUGGUACCGCCAUUACAGCUGCAUUAGCCUCAAGGUACAAGAGCAUGGGGUUGGCGACUGUGCAGUCAAAAGAACGAAUGGUCAGGAUGAAGGUACUGAAGGAAAUGAGAAGAUCGGGAGUGGAGGCUAUGCGCAGUAAGAUGGGAAUGAAAAGCAACGUCAUCCGGAACCUGCCCAAGAAUUGCACAUAUUAGUCCUCAAUUACUCCUAUUUCUGGAGUUGAAUGAAUGUUGGAGGCCCAGAGUUUCAGUAAGCACUUUUAAGUAUCUUGGGUGGGUUGUUUAAGACCGUUUGAGUAUUCAUAGCAAGUGGCAAGAUUUCUUUUGUAUGAACUACAAUUUACCAAUUGCAAUAUUUUGCAAGUGUUAUGGUAUGAAUGUCUAUGUUUUUGUACGAAAUAUAUAUUUUUUUCUUUCUAAAUAAUUAGAAAAACAAUUUAAAUAUUUAUGUUAAUUCGCAGGAGAUACUUCUUUA